AUGGGCAAUGCUCUUGGAGUGUUUAGCACCAUUUUCCAGCCAAAUCAAGUCUGCUGGACGGCAUUGAUGCUCGGGUACGUUGAAAACAGUCAGGCCGAAACAACGCUACAUUUUUUCUUGCUAAUGCAACUGGAGGGAUGUUCUCCAGACGUCUGGACUCUCGUUUGCGCGCUCAAAGCUUGUGGAAGCUCGGUAGCCUUGAAGCUUGGCCGGAUACUUCACGAAGAGAUCACGAGCUUGGGGUUCCAGUUCCAGGGAGCCGUGAUCUCUUCGUUGGUAGAUUUCUACAGCAGAUGUGGGAGCAUGGACGAAGCGGAGCUGGUUUUCAACUCGGUCUCGAGGAAGGAUGCUGUGAGUUGGAGCUCACUUAUCGCGGGCUACAGCCGCUAG